AUGUCGACUCUACGGUACGAGGUCAAGUAUAAAAUUGACAAUAAAUUGGGCCCGAUCUCUUGCCUUGCCUUUUCUGCGGAGGGCCAGACUCUGGCUGUUGGAUCCCACAGCCUCAUUACACUCUGGGAUAUGGAUACCAGAAGAUCUCCAUUGGUGUAUGAUGGCAAGUCAGAGGUGACCUGUUUGGAAUGGGGCCCCAACAACACCCUUUACUGCGGAUAUGAGUCAGGCUUCCUCACCGCAACAAAGGUGGACGUGUUAAGGCAGGAAUGGGUCACUGUUGGAUAUCAAGCAUCUACUGCACCAUUGACGUCCAUAUCUGUGCAUCAGGCGGGAACUCAUCUUGCUAUUGCCACUGACGGUGGGGUUGGUCUCUGGGUUCUCAACAGCGCUAGUGGUGAUUGGCAGCAUCGGAAAACUCUCGAAAGCCCACUAGUGGUAUACACUCUUAUAAUAAAAACCAGACACAUGCCUGGAAGGCGAUGUGUAUAA